CACAGUACCGCGUGACUGGCGCCUGAGUGAGUACGGGAGGCGGAAACAGGAUGACCGGAGAAUCAGCGAACACUGGGAGGAAAAUGGAGCAGUCUGGACCGGGAGGGUUUAUGAACACUCAGCAUAUUAUGUUAGAUGUGAAUUAAAACUCCCGGUCCCGCGUUUGUAGCAAACAGGAAAGCGGCUGUGGGUCUCAGACGGUGAUAGGCCCCAUGUUGUCGUCGCCAUCUUUAUUGGGGGCAACUGCCACAGUGCGCAUGCGCAUAGUUCUUUUUGGUUGGGGCGGGGUGAUUUGAAGAGGAGCAUUUACCCAGGAAACUGAAAUCAAGAGAAAUGUUCGUCUUUUUCAGAUUUCUAUCCUGGACUGACAGUGAUUUUUCUUUUGCGAAUUCGUCUUACAGGAUAUUAAGUGAGAAUAAUUUGCAGACCGGAAUAUCAAAAAAGUUCUGAUAGAUGAGUCAUCAGGAUUUGAAUAUCAUUGGCAUUUCUCUGUGAAAGGAAAAAGGUUUGUCUGUUCUGUCCGGGGGAAAAUAUUUCUGAUACGUUUUUAAAUCAAAAAACAGCAAGAUGUUCAAAUUCUUGCUGAGAUCACCCCUGGGGUAUGUGCUCAGUUUCUCAGCUGAGGAAGGAGACACUGACCUGACAGGGAGCACAGAUUUACCUAAGUUACACCUCAUCUCUUCGAAAGAACUGUCGUAUUUGGUCAAAAAUCACCCUCUUCAUGAUGUUGGCCCAUAAAUUCUCAAUCUCAAAUAGCUGUAAAUUUUCUUUUAAAAUUCCUGAUGGAUUCGAAUUCCAGUGCCCUUUUAAUGUGUGGCAUUCCAGAUCCUGGCAUCUCUCUCAUCCUGAAACUGCUGAAGUCCAUGUUGGGUCUGGAGGGUUAUGAGGGGCUGAUCUAGAAGAUGAGAUGUCGUUCCCUGAGCUUCCUUUGAGUGCAUUGGAACAGCAAAGGAGCCUGAAGUCAGUGCAGGUAUGCUGCCAGACCUGCUGAUCUUUUCCAGUAACUUAGUUUUUGUUGUACUGAGAGUGCUCCUUGGCUCAAUGAGUGCACUUUGGAGUUGGGUGAAAACAGAGAAUAAGGUGAGACAGGAAGAAGGUGAAACCGAAAGAUUGAAUGUGAUGCUCAGUCUCAAUUUGGCGGUUCAAAAAGUGAUACAGUCCCAAUAGAAAGAGUCAGUUGGGAGACUAGAACUGAACGCAGUCUUCCAAAAUUGUCUGUGAAGAUUCAUCUGAAAUGUCCAAACACCAGCGCAGUCACGCUGAGGAGCGACGGUGGAAAUGUGGUGAUUGCGGGAAGGGAUUUCUUUAUCCAUCCAGGCUUGAACUUCACCAACGCAGUCACACUGGGGAGAAGCCAUUCACCUGCUCUGAUUGUGGGAAGGGAUUCACUCGGUCAUCCAGCCUGCGGAUCCACCAGUGGGUUCACACUGGGGAGAGACCAUAUGCUUGCUCAGUAUGUAGGAAACCAUUCGCUGAGUCAUCCAGUCUGCUGAAACACCAGCGAAUUCACACUGGGGAGAGACCAUUCACCUGCUCUGAUUGUGGGAAGGGAUUUACACUAUCAUCCAAUCUGCGGAUCCACCAGCGAGUUCACACUGGGGAGAGACCAUUCACUUGCUCCCACUGUGGGAUGGGAUUCAGUCAGUUAUCCAGCCUGCAGAUACACCAGCGAGUUCACACUGGUGAGAAACCAUUCAUCUGCUCCCUGUGUGGGAAAGGAUUCAGUCAGUCAUGCAACCUCCUGAUACACCAGAGAGGUCACACUGGGGAGAGACCAUUCACCUGUUCUGAAUGUGGGAAAGGAUUCAUUCGCUCAUCUAACUUGCUGGAGCACCAACGAGUUCAUACUGGAGAGAAACCAUUUACCUGCUCUGAUUGUGGGAAGGGAUUUACCCAAUCAUCCCACCUGCGGAGACACCAGCGAGUUCAUGCUGGGGAGAAACAUUCACUCAGUCAACUCACCUGAUACAGCAGCCUAUUCACUGUGGAGAAACUGUUCACUUCUUCAGUAUGUGGGAAGGGAUUUCAAACUGUUUGUGCACCAGUGAAAUGACACUGGGUAGAUCCCGUUCACCUGCUGUGUUUAUGCAAAAGGCCUUGCUGUUUCCUGACACAGCAGCAAAUUCACAAAGAACCACAAGUGAAAGAUUUUGCUUUUACUGACACCAAGGAAUGAACCUUGGUCAUUGGGCUAUUUGUGUUGAUGUUACUAAACCCUGCUCCAUUAAACGGGCUGACAUUGCAGAUAAAAAGAUGAUACAACUGUCUAUCAGUUUAGAAUAGGUUUUAGAAAUUGCAGUGUGGCUGUACAUCAACACAUUUAUGCUGGGUAAAGACUAUCCACCUUCAUAUUGUUUGUAAAGUGAUUUUGAAGUUUAUAAGGAUUGGUUAAACAAGAGUGUUCCCGAGUAAUUGUCCAUGUUGGAUUUUGAUGCUAUUGUUAUCUAAAUCCAAACCAUGCUUUCUGACGCUAUUUCUGAUGAUGUUUGUAAAAACCACAGGUUCAGUUACCUAUUUGGGAUAAAAAAAGUACGAAUUAGCAUUUUGUUAAAACAAAGUUGCAUCAA